CAGCCUGGUUGGGGGGCGGGGUCAGCAGUUGGAGUGCUCUUCCUUAUGCGCCCGCAGGUCUUGAUGCUGCUCACGCUGGGAGCAGGCUGGACGGCAUGCGGCAUGGGUUGGUUUCAGAGUUUGUUUCGCGGCUUGUGGAGAGCGCUGUCAAAGGAAGUGAAGCAGCACGUGGGCACUGACCAGUUCGGGAACAAAUACUAUUAUAUCUCGGAGCACAAGAACUGGAGAGGACAAACUAUUCGAGAGAAAAGAAUUGUAGAAGCAGCAAAUAUCAAAGAAGUAGGCUAUGAAAUACAGGAUAUUCCAACAGAGUGGGAAGCUUGGAUUAGAAGAACAAGAAAGAUUCCACCUACUAUGGAGGAAAUACUAAAGAAUGAAAAACAUAGAGAAGAAAUGAAGAUCAAAAGCAAAGAACUUAAUGAAAAAGAAAAACUGCUAAAUAAAGAGAGCAAAGAGGAACUCUUGGCUCUGCCGGUUCAAACUCAAAUUAAAGGGCAUGCCUCUGCUCCAUACUAUGGAAAGGAAGAACCCUCAGAGGAUCCCACUAGCACUGGUAAAAACUUUCAGCCAGGAUCCUGGAUGCCACAAGAUGGCAAGAGCCAAAAUAAAUGAAUGCACUAUGGUAAAGUAGUUUCAUUUGUAUGGAUGUGACUAUUUUAACAAGUAAAAGAAAUAAAGUUUUAUUUACAAUAAGUUACUUGUAAAGGGUUUGGAGUGAUAAAAAAGUUUUAGUAAUGGAUGGUGAUGGUAGCACAACAUUGUAAAAAAAUUGCCACUGUACAUUAAAAAUGGUUAAAAUGGCAAAUUUUGUUAUGUAUGUUACCACCACAAAAAAUUACUUUGUAUCUUCUGAAUGUUCUCUAUUCCACUGAGUUUGGUUUUAAUACGUACUUUUUUCAAUGAAUAUUUUAACUCUAAUCAAGUAUUUCUUAUAUUCAAACAGAAUGCUCAUUACAUUUUAGAAACCUGUGAUCAUUUAGGAACUGCCCUCAGUUACUCCUUGGUAGAAAUGAUGAGUUUUCCCAAAUGAUCAAAUAUGAAAGGAAAAAAAAAAAAGAGAAGACUCCUGUUUAUGGGGAGGCAUGAGGUAA